AAAUGAAGUAAAAGUAUGUCAUUUCUGACUUCCCGCAUUUGUUUUCAAAGAAAUAUAUUAGUUCUUCCUUCCUUUGAAAACCAUAAAGCUCUUAGGUUUCAGCUCGUAUUCCUCACGCGACCCUACCGACCUACCACUCCUAUGGCAUCUUUCACCGAGAAGCCCGGCGCAUCACCUUCCACGGACAAGUCAGAACCUCCUAGCAAUCUCACUCAUCCCGAAGCUGAACUUUCUGUGAAGGAGAGCGAGGAUUCGAAGACCCCCGAGACUUCUGCGGCCUUGGUUGCAGGGGAAAGCGGCGGUCCCGUCGACAAUGUCCAGAAGAAGAUUCGACGAGCUGAGCGAUUCGGCGUACCCGUCCAGUUAUCUGAGCAAGAGAAGCGUAAUUCUAGGGCUGAAAGGUUCGGCACUGCACCGAGCACAAAUGGAUCAGAAGCAUCUAAGCAAUCAGAGAAAUUGAGGAGAAAGGCUAGGGCAGAGAGGUUUGGGAUUGCUGCACCCUCUACAGCUACUGAUGAGGAUGCGAAGAAGAAAGGUCGUCUUGCCAGAUUUGCACCAUAUUCCAAACCUGAUUCAGUUGAGGAAGAAAAAAGAAAAGCAAGGGCAAUCAGGUUUUCAAAUCCUUCUUCUAAUUCUUUAUCACAGGAGAAUGGCAAGGUAAACCUUGAGCCGGAAGCUCCUAUUGAUGGAAAGGCUGGUGGAGAAAUGUAAUACCCAAAAUUUUGGUUAGUGACCAAAAUGUAAAUUUUGAAAGUUUAGUAGCUAAAUUAUAAAGUUUGGAAAACUUUAGGGACCAAAGUAGUAAUUUUCAAAAGUUAAGGGGACCAAAAGUGUGAUUUAUAGAAGUUAUGUAUUGUGACCCCAAAUGAAUAGUUGAAUUUCACCUUCUUGACGUUUUUGUGGGAAUCAAAUUAUUGAUCUGAAA